CUGUGAUUGCGAUACGAAAUAUUUUUUAAAGAUAUUCGCGAAUUACGCAAAAAAUGGCGUUAAAAGAUGUAGUUGGAGCGAAAAUUAUGAAUGAUGUGAUACGAGCUGUAAAAAAGAAGGGCGAUUGGAAAGUCCUCGUAGUGGAUAAAUUAGGGAUGAGAAUGAUAUCAGCAUGUUGUAAGAUGCACAGAAUAGCCCAAGAGGGUAUAACAAUUGUGGAAGAUAUUGAAAAAAUUCGUGAGCCGUUACCUAACAUGGAAGCUAUCUACUUGAUAACACCUACUGAUAAGUCUGUUGAACGACUAAUGCGGGAUUUUCAAGUGAAUCGGAACAUGUAUAGGUCUGCUCAUAUUUUUUUCACAGAAGCAUGUCCUGAUGAAUUAUUUAAUGAACUAUGCAAAUCGCCAACUGCUAAAUAUAUAAAAACCUUGAAAGAAAUCAAUAUUGCCUUUCUUCCUUAUGAAUCUCAGGUCUUUUCACUGGAUUAUCCAGAAACAUUUCAGUUAUAUUACAAUCCUUCAAAAAGUUCUCACUCUGCAAAUCUUGAACGCAUUGCUGAACAAAUAGCAACUGUUUGUGCAACCCUUGGAGAGUAUCCGAACCUUCGAUAUCGAUAUGAAUUUGAUCGAAAUGUAGAAUUAGCACAAUUGAUUCAACAAAAAUUAGAUGCCUACAAAGCAGAUGAGCCUACAAUGGGAGAAGGUCCUGAGAAAAUGAGAUCACAGUUACUUAUCUUAGAUAGGGGUUUUGACUGCGUGUCACCACUUUUGCAUGAAUUAACUUUCCAAGCCAUGGCCUAUGAUCUUCUUCCUAUUCAGAAUGAUGUUUACAAAUUUGAAACUUCCACUGGGCCAGAUGUUAAUGUAAAAGAAAAGGAAGUUCUGUUGGAUGAAAAUGAUGAUCUGUGGGUCGAACUGCGUCAUCAACACAUUGCUAUUGUAUCUACGAGUGUUACCAAGCAGUUAAAGACAUUCAUUGAAAGCAAACGAAUGGCAGCAUCAACUGAUAAAGCAAGUUUUAAAGAUUUAUCUGUGAUGAUAAAGAAAAUGCCUCAGUAUCAGAAAGAAUUGAGCAAAUAUUCCACUUAUUUGCAUUUAGCUGAAGAUUGCAUGAAGUGUUACCAGGGGAAUGUUGAUAAACUAUGUAAAGUUGAACAAGAUUUAGCUAUGGGUACAGAUGCUGAAGGUGAGAAGAUAAAGGAUCCUAUGAGGAACAUUGUUCCUAUUUUACUUGAUGGUGCUGUUAGUGCAUUUGAUAAAAUACGUAUAAUACUGCUAUAUAUACUUUCAAAAAAUGGUAUUACAGAAGAGAAUCUUGCUAAAUUGAUCCAACAUGCACAGAUUCCACCAACUGAGAAAGCAAUGAUAACAAACAUGGCUAUGCUGGGAGUCAAUAUAGUAACUGAUGGAAGCAGGAAAAAGCCAUAUCAAGUACCAAGAAAAGAAAGGAUUACCGAACAAACUUAUCAAAUGUCCAGGUGGACACCCGUUAUUAAAGACAUAAUGGAGGAUGCUAUAGAUGAUAAAUUGGAUGCCAAGCAUUUUCCGUUCUUAGCAGGACGUGUAGCUCCAACUAAUUACGGACGUCCGACACCAACCAGUGUGCGAUAUGGUCACUGGCACAAAGACAAAAAUGCCCCAAAUGUAAAGAAUCUUCCACGUUUGAUUGUGUUCGUUGUUGGAGGAACUUGCUAUUCUGAGUUGAGAUGUGCAUAUGAAGUUACUAAGGAAUACAAAAAUUGGGAAGUAAUUAUAGGUGAGAAUAAUCUCUUUUUAAUCCCA